AGCAGCCCGGGAGAGUUGCUCGAGACGGAGACUCAACCGUAUCCAACAAGGAGUACCAGAGUGAUUUUGCAGGGCGGGGCGAGAACACGGGUAGCGGCGGUGCAGGGGAAGCCGAACAAUAUUGUGAUCACAUAUCUAUCUGGUGCAAUUCCGGCCACUACUGAGGGCAGCACGUGGACGCCAUUGUGAGCCAUGAACCUUCACGCCAAGAUCUCGCAUCCGCCACAUCCAGACGGCGAAAUGCACGAGAUGGAGAACGGCAGCGCCAAUCCGGCCUACACAGCUGACCCCGACGAGCUGGAUAUCCCCGCCGUGACCAAGCAGGGUUCAUUGGUGAGCUCCAGUCCUGAUCCUUUCGAUGAUGAGGAUGAGCAGGAGAACUUUCUGACUAUGUUGCCUGGCGCCCACCACUUCAAGAACUCGGCGAAAUUCUUGUCCACCUGGAGAAAGUUCAUUGUCUCUAUGUUGGUUGCUGCGGCCUACGUCGCCUACGUCAUUGCAAUUCUCAUCAUACAGACCAAAGCUGAAGAAACCAACUACUGGUGUGAGGCCGACGGCUUGGUUAUCAUCAUCACAGGUCUGCUCUUCCUGGGACUCUUCUACUUCCUGGUUGUCAAGGUGUUUUGGGCAGAGGUGCUGAAUGAGAAACUGGUCAAGCCAGUGAACAGAUUAACGGACAAGAUUUUAAGAUAUAAGUGGGCUCCGUGGUUGUUCUUCCUGGUCCUGGUCAUCGGGGCCGUUGUCUUCAUUGCAGUGGAUUCCAAGGAUGACAGGCUCCGCCUCCAGUCCCUCAUCGGCGUGGUGGUGCUAAUGGUGUUUGGCUUCGUCUUCUCCAUAGCUCCCAAAAAGAUUAAGUGGCGCCAUGUGGCCUGGGGCAUGGCUCUGCAGUUCAUUCUUGGGCUGAUGAUCCUGCGGUGGCCCUUUGGUCGCUCCGUGUUUGAGUGCUUGGCAGCCAAGGUUGCCACCUUCCUCGCCUUCACAGAUGCAGGAUCAGCCUUUGUAUUUGGAUAUUUAGCCGUUCCUGAUGCAAUUUUUGCAUUUUCUGUUUUGCCAGUUAUCUUGUUCUUCAGCUUCUGCAUCCAGAUCUUGUACUACUACGGGGUGAUGCAGUGGGUGGUGCUCAAGUUGGGCUGGUUCCUGCAGGUUACAAUCGGCACCACAGCUUGUGAAAGUAUCAAUGCUGCUGCCAACAUCUUUCUGGGCCAGACCGAGGCACCACUGCUCAUCAAGCCGUACAUCCCCAUCAUGACAAAGUCGGAGCUCCAUGCAGUGCUCACCGGGGGAUUUGCCACAGUGGCCGGCUCUGUCAUGGCAGCAUACAUAUCAUUUGGUGUGAACCCUGCCCACCUCCUCUCAGCCUCUGUUAUGAGUGCCCCGGCAGCUCUGGCAUUCUCCAAGCUCUUCUACCCUGAGACGAAGAAGUCUCAGACCGAUGUCAAGAAUAUACAGAUGGUAAAAGGGGAUGAGGCCAACCUGCUCCACGCUGCCAUGGUGGGAGUCACUAACGCCAUCCCACUAGUUGCAAAUAUUGCAGCCAAUCUUAUUGCUUUCUACGCCUUCAUUGAGUUUGGCAGCUAUGUUUUCAACUGGACCUGUAUCUUGGCAGGGGCUGAGGAUGGCACCUGCUCCCUAGAGAGUUUGUUUGGCUGGAUCUUCAUGCCACUGGCGUGGGUGUUGGGAGUGGAGUGGUACGAGUGUGACAAGGUGGGCAAACUUAUUGGACUCAAGACCAUCAUAAAUGAAUUUGUGGCAUAUCAGGAGCUGGCAAGGAUGCUGGAAGCUGGAGAGUUGUCGCAAAGAGCAGAAGUGAUUGCAACCUAUGCAUUGUGUGGAUUCAGCAACAUCAGCUCCAUUGGCAUCAACCUCGGAGGGUUCGGCGCCAUGGCUCCCAGCCGCAGGGGAGACCUGGCAAAGGUGGUGCUGAGGGCCAUGAUUGCUGGCAGCUGUGCCUGUUUCCUCACGGCUGCCAUAGCAGGUACUUUGCUGAAUGAAGUUAGUUAGACUCCAGGUCAUCUUGAACAUUAUGCUUUUUAUGAGGAAAAUCAGUGGUGACAAGUAUUCAUCACACAUGACCACAGGAAACACUGUGAUAGUUGUUACAGCCACACAGGGGCUGUGCAACCCCUUCAAGAAAAGGAAAUUAGUUUUAAGCAUGUAGGUUUUAAAGAAACUUCUGUACAUUACUUAGAUUAGGCAUUUUUACUACAUUUUUAAGUACUUUUAAGUCAUAAUAUUUAUCAGUAUAUAUAUAAGACCAGUAUAUAUAUAAGAGGGCAAGUCGCCUAACAUAUUUUUAGCGUUUUUAAUGGUCUGAAAUGUCAGUUUUAAUUGGAGGCAUCAAAAGUACCCUGAAUGAAGCAGUGAUGAGCAGCAGCACCAGCCAUUGCCACAGCAGAGGAAGCUGGUAAUAUGGCUUUCUUAUAUGGUUUAGUGUAUACAUAGCAGGCAAACUCAAUACCCCAAGUUACACAUGCUAGGUAAACUUUGCUAACAUCACUGAGCUAAAGAGCUACUGUAAAAGUAUAACACUACAUUCAAAACUAGAUAGGGUUGAAAACUUAUCAUGGUGAACAGAAAUCAGAGAGUAAUACAGUAAACCCUCUGGUAUCCGGGUUGAUAGAGCCACGGGGGCACCCAGAUAUGGUGUAGGUUAAGUCUACGGACCCGAAAACCCAAAUUUUGCCUACCGCAUUUAAUGUAUCAUCAGCACAAACGAAGCUACUUAAGAUCACGCCCACGACAGCCUUCCCGCCAGCAUAUAUAUAUAUAUAUAUAUAUAUAUAUAUAUAUAUAUAUAUAUAUAUAUAUAUAUAUAUAUAUAUAUAUAUAUAUAUAUAUAUAUAGAUAUAGAUAUAGAUAUAGAUAUAGAUAUAUCGGCGCCACGGUAAGCGCCCCAAACACCACACACAGGCAAAGCAAUGCCUGGAGAAGGUAGGGCACACACGCAAAAGCAAUUAGCUGGGCCAUGGUGAACAUAAACAAUGGCGAGCGGGGCGCUUGUUGUGCGCAAGGUAAAGAGAAUCUCUUUACCUUGGUGGUGCGGUAUGCCGCCCGGGCAAAGCUUAGAGGCAUCGUGCGGGAUAUCUGAACGACUUUUGGUGGCGCGCGACAAUUUUUUAAAAAAAUUUUUAGAAAAAAAAUCCCAUUUUGAAAACUCCCGGAUACGGGCGAAGUCGGAGAACUGAGGGUUUACUGUACUUUGAAACCAAGUUUUACUUAGUCAAUAUUUGCACUAAUUAUGGAAUCGGUUUUAGGAAAUAGCAUUUUCUUGUACAUUAAAUCCUCCUGCAUACGAUAGUACUUUCAUAUUUUAGAUAAAGUACGAUAUAUGAGGAGACUAGGAAUGAUUGUUCUCUGAUAAUACUCACCAUAAUUAUUUUUUUACACUACUGAGUUUUGAAAAUAGUGUUGUAGUUGUUCAAUCACUGAUUAAUCUGAUGAUGCCAACAAGAUUUCCCUAUUUUGUUCAACAGAUAAGGCAAGUAAACAGAUAUGAAAUUUUUUGUCCCUACAUAAUUGUGUUGUUAGAUGACCAAGACAUCAAACACCCAGCCAAUGAGCAGCUUCCAUAUAUUUACUGGAAUCAACUUUCAAAUCAAUAUAUACUUUGCGUAGAUAUUCCCGGUGUGCCAGGUUAUCACUUGCUUGGUAACAUGAAACUUUCAGCAUAUAUGUGAAAUAUCAGAAAAUAUAUGUAGGCUAUUAUACCUUUGCUGUAUUGGUGGAUGGAAGCCUGCAUCCUCUUCACUAUUGUAGCAUUUUACAUCAUUACCUUCAAGGUUCAAGGAAUCUCUGCAAGUCACUACUGUGUGUGUGUGUACAGAACAAAAAGUGCAAAUUAGACUAGGUGCGGUAUAGUUAUGUAAACAGUGAAGAUGAUAAAGUGUUGUGUUGUAAGGAUGAGACAACUAUUCACUGUAUAGUUUUUCAUCUAAAUCAUGUGACUGAUGGAAAGAGCAAAUGAUGAAAGACAGUACAACAGAGGAGCAGGAUGGCUCACAACAGUCAAACAAGUUGAACAUCACACCAGAGAGGAGCUGGGAACCUCCUUAUGACAGAUUCUGCAGAGCACACCUCAUAGGCUAUCGGGUAAUAUUUGUGUGUUGUUUUACAUAGAAUUGGUUCAUAAUUUGUCAAACGAAAAUAAUUAACCUAACACAGUGAAAGAAGAAUCAGAUAAAUAAUGUCAUAAAUGUACACAAGUGUAAAUACCUGUACAACAUUAUAUAUUUACCUGAAUUUACUUUCAUUAGGUUAGAAGUUGGUUUGGCAAAUAACCAACCCAUCCUGUGUAUAACACACACAAAUAUUACCUGAUAGUCUGAGGUGUGCACUGCAGUUUGCCAUAAGAAGGUUCCAGGCUCCUCUGGGAUGUGAUGUUCCUGCCACAACUCUCUUGAUUGCUGCAAUCCAUCUUCUCUUCUGUUGUAUUACUUUGUCUUUCAUCAUCUGCUCCUUGCAUUUCAGAUGGAAAUCUAUACCACUAAAUAUUCUCGUCUUUAAGUCAGAAAUCAUCCUGGUGCAACACAACUCUACAAUCUUCAUUGUUUAUAAAGCUGCUAUAUUGCCUAGAGUCUAAUUUGACCUUUUUGUCAUUUGUGCUCACAGCAGCUCAUAAACAUUCUUGAGUCCUUUGAGUUAGUGUGACAUGCUGUACAAAGCCAUAAUAGUUAGAUGAGGAUGCAAGCUUAUGUCCACCAAUGUCACAGUGAUGUCCAACCCCUGCUGUGACAUCAUGAGCAAACUACCUAUAGUUCCCCACAGAGCUCUUUCCCCGCUACUUGAAUGUUCAAUCAGCUGGACACUACGAGAAUGAAUGACCCUGUACUGGAAGCAACUGCAGUUAUAGCUCAAGUAAAUACUAUUCUCAGAAGACACACACAAGCCUCACUGAAAUUCUGGACGCCAUCUCUGCCUUAUUUACAAAAAUUAUGUCACAAAGCAGCGUGAUCUAUCUCCAAAGGUUACAUGCGUUACAAUUUCUUUUCUGGAAUUCUCAAGUCAGAGGUGUGAAUCGCGCUGUGCUCCGUGGUACAAACAAGAAGCAAUGAUGGCAGAGCAAGCAUCCAAAAUUAUCUCCGUGUCAUGUCAUUUCUUGGGACUAUGACUUUCUGCCUCCAGUACAAGGUUAUCUUCGAGCUCUACAAUAAUCAGUAGAGAAGCUAAAAGAGUCACAGGAAGAUGCCAUCAUCAUAGUGCUCAGUUGGUCAGCAUGGUGGAAAGAAAGAGCUCUGUGGGCAUAUGCAGAAUGAAUGGAGGAUUAGUUUUCAUAACCAAAUUUAUAUUCAACACUGUCUGCUGUUGUGAUCAGUGGGAGUAUGAUUUAUAACCCUGUAACUUCUAGAAAAGAAAAUCAAUAAAGUGAAAUUCUAAAUA